GUCGACGCCAGAGCGUCACUGCAGAGCAGGGCCUCGUCCCCCCGGGAGGGUCAGGCCUGGGGGCCGGGUUCCCCCGGCGGGGAUAAAUCGGGGGAGCUCGGCGCAGCCGGGGAGACGCGGCAGCCAUGCUGCCCCCGGGGCGGGUGCGCAGCUUGGCAGUGGAGCUGGAGGGCGGGCGAGCGCACGGCGCCUACGGCACCGGGGAGCUGCUGCAGGGCCGGGUGCGGCUGGAGCUGCGCGGAGCCCUGCGGCUGCGGGCGCUGGAGGUGUGCGCUCGCGGGCGCGCCGACGUGUACUGGCUGGAGAACCACAGCGUGGGGCUCAACACCGUCUACUACAGCUACACUGCCUCCCAGACCUUCCUGCACCGCUGCUGCCAGCUCCUCCCCGACAACGGCGAAGUCACCGUCCUGCCGGCGGGAAGACACGAGUUCCCCUUCACUUUCCAGCUCCCCGAGACCCUGGCGACCUCCUUCGAGGGAAAGCACGGCAGCGUGCGCUACUGGGUGAAAGCCAAGCUGCACCGGCCCUGGUCCACCGUGAAGAAGGCCAAGAAGGAAUUCACCGUCAUCGAGCCCAUCGACAUCAACACGCCCGCGCUGCUGGCGCCGCAGGCGGGUGCGAAGGAGAAGCUCGUCCGCGCCUGGUACUGCAAUCGCGGGCAGGUUUCUGUGACUGCCAAGAUCGACCGAAAAGGCUACACGCCAGGCGAGGUCAUCCCUAUCUUUGCCGAGAUCGACAACGGCACCAGCCGAGCCGUGGUGCCCAAGGCGGCCAUCAUCCAGACGCAGACCUUCGUCGCCCGCGGCGCCAAGAAGCAGAAGAAGUCGGUGGUGACGAGCAUGGUGGGGGACGCCGUGGCGGCGGGCAGGCGGGAGGUGUGGCACGGGCGGGCGCUGAAGAUCCCCCCGGUGGGACCGUCCAUCCUCUGCUGCCGCAUCAUCCAGGUGGAAUAUUCCCUGAAGGUCUGCGUGGAUAUUCCCGGCACGUCCAAGCUGCUCCUGGAGCUGCCGCUCGUCAUCGGCACCAUCCCGCUGCAUCCCUUCGGGAGCCGCACGUCCAGCGUCAGCAGCCAGGGCAGCGUCCGCCUGGAGUGGCUGAGCGCCCUCCCGGAGCGGCCCGAGGCCCCCCCCGAGUACUCGGCGGUGGUGUCCAGCCCGGAGGCCGAGCGCAGCCUGGCUCUGCCGUGCCCCCCCGAGCUCCGCGGCGCCCUGGAGGGGCCCUUCUUCGCCUACAUCCAGGAGUUUCGCCUCCGGCCGCCUCCGCUCUACUCGGAGGUGGACCCGAACCCGCCGCCGGAGCCGGCGCGGCCGCGCUGCAUGACGUGCUGAGAGCCGCGGGGGCCGCGGCGACCACGCGCUGAUCCCGGCGGGCGAGCAGCCCGCUGGACUUCGCCCCGGGAAGGGGGACGCGGCGACACCGGAGCCGCCGCGGUGCCGGGACCCCGGUGCCGGCGGCAUGCGGGGGGUGACGCCGCCCCAGUGUUACGGCGUGCUCGGCGCUCGCCCUGCCCGCGGCGGCCGCGCUCUGGCCGGCUCCCGGAGCGGAGCCGGGCCGCGGAGGUGUCUCAGGAUUGCCGGAGGCUGUUUCGACCCUGCUCUGGGUCCGAGCACCGGCGAGAGGCAGGGGUGGCACCGGCAUCGCGCCAGUGGGGUGGACCUGAUGCCCGGCCGAGGGGCUGGCGCAGCAAGACGGGGACGGUGGGUGGGAGCCCCGGGGCCUUCGCCCCUCACUCUGCGCACGGGCACUCGGGGUCCGUGAGCGCUUCUUACCACGACGACUCUUUUCUCCGAUUCUUCCUUUCGUACGACCUGUUUGGGAAUUUUUUGUUUGGAAUAAACUCGUAAAUGCA